GAGUUUGAUGGUUGAGCGUGGUUGGCGUGAAAAGUGUAUUUGAUUGGCAUUGGCCCCGCUAGCUCCUGUCUCAAUUCUCAUUGUUUGUUCUUCCUCCUUCGCCUUGGGAACUGAAAAUCAAGGAAAAGGAGAAGGAUCAACCAACAUCAUAUAUUGAGUUAAAGCCAAAGCCAUAUAUAUCGUUCAAUUCCUCCCUCUCUUCUGCAGCUAGCGAUCGACCAUGGCGGAGAGGGGUAGAGCAUUACCUAAGUUUGGGGACUGGGAUGUGAAUAAUCCAUCAGCAGCUCAGGAUUUCUCAGUAAUCUUCAACAAAGCCAGGAAUGAGAGAAAGACUGGUGCUAAUAAGAUCCACUUUCCCCCAAAUCAUAAUAACACAACAAAAUGCAACCCCCCUCAAGUCGUUCUUGGCAAGUCCCAUUAUAAAAAAUGGUUUUGCUGUAUAAACACAUCUGCAGAAUCAUGAAGAGGUCCGAAACGUAAGAUAGUUAAGUUGUUCAUAUCUGGAGCUAUAUAUAUAUAUAUAUAUAUGAUGGCUCCUGCUGGAAUCUCUUCUCAUAUAUCUAUACCUAGUGUCCGUACUUGGGCUUUAUUAGGAUACAAAUAUUAUUGCAUCAUACACUUCUCUCUGUAUUGUUUCCACUUUACAGUAGAGUUUGAUAUUUGUGUAUAACUAUAUUCUUAUUUAUUCCACCUGCUGCGUACUAUUUUA